UUUUGCCGUUGCAUCGCAUGGCAGUGUCCUGGUGUCCUAGCGCUAGCGCAUAGCGCCUUCGUGCCAACUACUGCUAAGCGAGUUUCUACAGAACUAUUCGUCGCGCCACAGUUGGCAACCAUGUCUGCAGCUCGAGAAAGUCACUGACAGCGGCAGUGCGCCGUCGUUGUGAUCAGUCGAGAUUUCUUCACUCGCCAGUCGCCAUAUUACCAAUAAAUACCAAGCAUGGAGACCAAUGUUUGUUUACCCAGUGGUGUUGUCCUGUUUGUGAGCCGAAGGAAAGUGGUGUUAUGUGCAGUGCCUAUAUUUUGUGCGGAGUUUAGUUUAUGAUGUUUUAGUCAAGUGAAGUGCUCUCUGUUUCUAUUUAGUGCCAUUCAGUUUUAUAUUUUGUUAUAAACACUGUUAUGGUGAUAUAGUUCUGGAGGAUUUAAAAAUGGAUAGAGAUCAUCAACUCACCGACCUUGGAGCUGCUGAUCAGGGAGGAGAGCGGGUGGUAUGGGAGUUUCACCAUGUCACGUUGACCAGAGUACCCGGGUAUGGGUUCGGCAUCGCGGUGUCUGGGGGUCGGGACAACCCACACUUCACCAACGGAGAUCCUGCCAUCGCGAUAUCAGAUGUUCUCAAGGCAGGACCAGCCGAGGGAAAGCUGCUUGUCAAUGAUAGGAUCAUGUCAGCCAAUGGAGUGUCUCUUGACAACGUAGAGUAUGCUACAGCUGUUCAGGUGUUGCGUGACAGUGGCAACACAGUCGCACUCACUGUACGACGUCGGGUGGUUCUGCCAGCCUCACCUGAACCACAAACUCUGCGACUGCAGCUCACCAAGACCAGGAAAAAGGACGACUUUGGCCUGGUGCUGGGCUGCAAGAUCUUUGUGAGAGAGGUUGGGGCAGGACAGCAGCUACAAGAGGGCGAUGUACUUCUCAAGAUCAACAAUCACCCCACAGAUGGAAUGAGUCUCAAGGAAGCACGUAAGCUCAUAGAGAGCAGCAAGGAGAAGCUGAACCUGGUGGUCCGUAGAGACACCCCUCGCUCAACCUACCCCACGGAGUCUACGGCACUGCAGGGAAAAGGCAAUUACCUUGAGGGGUUGAACGGCAAUGCAUACACAUCACAAAACCUAUACGUGCAGCCUCCGACAAGACAGAACGUGUUGGAUGACAAGAGCAACUUGGUGCCUCGGGGACGGUCGCGGGGCCCUCUACUAGACGGGGGCCUCUCACUCACACCUCCACCCCCUCGUCCAGCCUCCCCUACGCACAGCCGCAGUCGCAGUGGACUAGAUGAACCUCCAGACCCGCCUAGACCACCCCCGCCCAGACCUGAAGUUUUCCGAGGAAACAUAAAUUACUACAGUAGCAGUAGACAGCUCUACGAGGAGGAUCCACUCCUGCAGAGGUCCAAACAACCCAUGCCAGAUCCCAGGUUCAUCACAUUCCAGAAGGAGGGAUCGGUGGGCAUUAGACUGACAGGUGGCAACGAGGUAGGCAUCUUUGUGACCGCCGUGCAGCCGGGCAGUCCAGCCAGCCUACAGGGGCUUCAGCCUGGCGACAAGAUACUCAAGGUGAACGACAUGGACAUGAAGGGAGUUACACGAGAAGAAGCUGUGUUGUUUCUGCUUAGCCUCCAGGACCAGAUCCAUCUGAUAGUGCAGCACCGACGAGACGAAUACGAACAGAUAGUAGCUAGUCAACGAGGUGACUCCUUCCACAUCAAAGCACAUUUCAACUACGACCAACCCAACAAAGGUGAAAUGAGCUUCAGGAAAGGAGAUGUCUUCCAUGUAACAGACACUCUCCACAACGGAGUGGUUGGAGCGUGGCAGGUCUACAGGAUAGGAAGGAAUAACCAAGAAGUUCAGAAAGGUAUUAUACCAAACAAGGCCCGUGCAGAAGAGCUAGCAACAGCACAGUUCAAUGCCACAAAGAAAGAGCUGACAGCUUCAGAAAGUCGAGGAAGCUUCUUCCGUAGGAGGAGAAACAGCCAUCGCAGAUCCAAGUCCCUCAGCAAGGACCACUGGGAUGACGUUGUGUUUGGAGACAGUAUCAGCAAGUUCCCGGCCUAUGAGAGGGUUGUGCUGAGACACCCAGGCUUUGUUCGCCCUGUCGUGCUAUUUGGUCCUGUUGCUGAUAUUGCUCGAGACAGACUGCUCAAAGACUUUCCUGACAAAUUUUCUUCCCCUCAACUAGACAAUAACCUAGAAGAUGUGCCAAAGAGUCAGAAAUCUAGUGGCAUCAUACGCCUGAGUGCCAUACGAGAGAUCAUGGACAGAAGCAAGCACGCACUGCUUGACAUCACACCUAACGCUGUUGAUCGUCUCAACUACGCUCAGUUCUACCCUGUCGUCAUCUUCCUUAGAGCAGAGAGCAAACAGAUCGUCAAGGAGCUCAGGGCAGGUGUAAACAACAACCCCUCAGUGAUGGAUUUGUUUGCGUGGACGGCUCACAAGUCCAGCAAGAAGCUGUUUGAGCAGUGCCACAAGCUCGAGAAGGUCUGGGGUCACGUGUUCUCUUGUUCGCUCUCUCUCUCCCCCUCCUCCCCUGACAGCUGGUACCGCAAAGUCCGGGAGCUCAUCGACAAGCAGCAGACAUCACCAGUCUGGAUGAGCGAAAGCAAGGUACCCGAUGAAGCUCUCUCUGAUGACUUCCUGUUCCCGAUGACGUCGCUGCGACUCUCGUACGCCUCGUCGCCUGAGAGUGAUCUAGAGCAGGGCUCGCUGCCCCCUCGCUUGGUCAAGUGCUCCAGCGACCCCAGCAUCGCUACACAGGAAGACAAUCAACCACCUCCACCUCCAUAUACCCCAGCGCACCAAUACAACCAGCCAACUUACGAUGUGAACCACAAGCCGCGCAGGUCAGGUGACAAGUACGGCUUUUCCCCGCCACAGAGCCCGCUAGGGAUAGGUGCGCCGCCUGAGCUACCACCUCGUAUUGACCGUGCCAGUAAACCUCCACGAACUGCGGCGCCUCGUUCUGCCCAAGAGAGACUCUUUGGCAACAAGGAGCCCCAAGACCCUCCUAACUACAUCAACGCCACCCCCCACCACCGACAGGGCCCUUCCUCCUUAGAGAGGCACAACCCCACCAAAACUAGUACUGGGAGCUAUGAUAGUGUCAGCUCGUUUGACAGCUAUAACCAAAGACUGGGCCUCGGCCCCAACGCUCAUGAUGACCUCAAGUCUUGCAACGGGACCACCAACAGCAACCAGCGGACAAGUUCUCAUGAUCCUUACCGGUUCACCCGCUCCACCCAGCAACCCAUACAAGCAAAGCCUCUCGAGUCCCCAGCCAAGCCUACCAAGCCACCAGACUACCCCAAGUAUCGGCCCCCUGGAGUAGGCCCCGAGUAUGCUACCAGUAAACCCCUCCCUCCACCCAAGAGUGGGGGCCCCCCACCUGGCUACAAGCCUAUCCCUCCUCCCAAGCCCAAGAACUACCGGCCACCUGGCACCUCUUGGCAACAACCCUCCAACAACAACAACAACAACAACAACAAUAUCUACAACCACACCAAGUCGUUCAGCAUGGCUGACAACAACAACUACGCUACUCACCUUCACAAUGGGGUGACAAACUCUCCGAGCAAGUACUCUACUGACAACUCGGAUCUCAACGGAGGGCUAGACUCUGGCCACGGCAGCAGCUUGGAUCGAACCUACGGCAGGACCAACGGCAACCAUCACCAGUACUACUAUAAUGUGGUGCCUCACACAACAUCUCGGCACUCGCAUCACCACCGUGAGCCUAGUGGGCUAGACCUGGCACACCGAGAUCAACGUGGCAGUGCCUUCGAACUGUACAAGAAACCCACGGAUCCUCGCCACACGGCUCACUACAACGACCACGGCCUCAGGUGAUAGUAAACACGGAAGCUCUUCUGUACAAAAACAUUUCCCAUUUAAAAAACGUAAAUGAUCUGUAGUUGUUUCGAACGCCCAAUACUCUCUGUGACGAAAAUGGUUAAGUGAAAAGGAUAUAAAAUGAUUUCUGAUUUUGCAUCAAUAAAGAACUUUGAUAUUAGUUUGAGUUUUAUAGUAUAAUUUUGCUACGGUAAGAAAACAAAUAUUUCAAAAAAAUACUUUUAAAGUGUGAACUCAAAACCAAUUAUAUUAAUGUUAUAAUUUUUAUACUUUUAUGUUACUGUAUAGUUUUUUUUUUGUUAGUCUAUACUGUUUAUAGAUUUUGUAAGAAAAGUUUUACAUUACAGUUUAAAACUUGUUAAAGUUAAAGUAAAAUAUUUUUUUGAUAUUUUAGUUGUCAUAGUAAUAGACCAAAAUACCAAGGUGCUCCUGUAAAUACCUUUUAGCCGUAUACAAGCUCACAAAUUGUGCAAUAUAUAGUUUUCAUGAAUAUAUCACAAUAUGUAGACAAAUAUCACUAUGAACAAUUACAAAGAUUCAGUAAUUCCAACUAUUUUUUUGUUUGUUUUAUAUAGUCUGUACACUUUCAUUGAUGUUACACUGAAACUGUUUAAUGUGUUGUUUGCAACAACUAAAAACGUUUACUUGUUAUAUGAUUUUGUUUGCCACAGUUGUUCUGAAUUUAUGAAAAUUGGCCAGGGUGAGUGUACCAGUGAAUGACCAUAUUUAUAUACAAUUUUAAACUAUACAAACCCUACCUCCUGUCACGAAAUAACCCAUUUACAAUUCUCAUGUUGAAGCUAACCUGUUGAAGAACCCUGUAUAGUGUUAAAAAUAAACAUUUCAGGAUCCUUAGAAUAUAGAAUCUAGUGAAUGGCCACUUAUCAUCUACCUGUGGGGAAAUUCUAGUUAUAGUGUAUCCACAUUAUGAUAUCUUGAGUUUCCAGCAGGCACUUGAUCCUUCAGAAAACAUUUCAGAAAGAUUCCAGACGACAUGUUGAAUCUGUGUUGUCCGAUCCAAAUUUGGUAAUCACCGAAACCAUCAUUGACAGGUUAUACAAAAAGUUGUAAUCCAGUAAAUGACCGACUGUCAAAAUAAUUGUUGGUCAGGAUUUUUAUCUUAAAAUGAAUAGAGAAUUGUAGCUUAACAUGUUUACUGUGAACUACUUACAAUAUAUUGCAGUUUAAUCAAUUAUUAAAGAACCAUGUCUAAUACAACCAACUUAGUUUGUACAAGACGCUACAAUUUGAAACUUGAAGAUGAAAUCGUUGCAACACUUAAUUUUGUUUGUGUUACAAACGGAUGAUUGACACCAAUUUCUUUAUGAACCAUUGACAGGGUGGAUUUCAAUUAGGCUUCAAAGUUAGCCUCCUAUUUAGAGAGCUUAAUAUAAUGUUUUUGAUAUGAAAUGGUUAUUCACUGGGUGCACUCACCUCACUUUUGGUCAUAUGACUGGUUUCAAUUGUGAUAUAUACAGUAGUUAAUUAUCAUCAUUAACCUUGAUAAGUAAUUUUCUACUGCUUGAAUUGAUGAUUUAUUUGGUCAUAGCAUUGACUAUUGGAUAAUAGUCAAAGGUUAUACACAUUGCAAAUUGAUAAAGUGAAUUAAGUAUCUUAUUGUGUAAUUGGGGUAUACAAUUGACUUUUCAGGUAUUUUUGUACCACUAAAUGAAUGUUACAUCAACAGUUGAUACAGAAAUAUCCAUCACUUUGAUUUUACAAAUUUGUCAUAAUCUAGGUUGCCACUAAUUAUACUAUGCAAUCUCAGAGUCAGAAUGUCUUCAGUUUCAGAAACAUCUCAUAUUGUACAUGACUAUAUUAGUGAAAUAUUCUGUGUGCCAGACACAUUCCUGCUUAAAUUCUGGUUUUAUCUAAUAAAUAUCCAUUUGUAAAUAUGACUGUGCUGAUAUUGUAUCUUUGUGUAUAAAUGAGUUCAUGUAUAUUUUUUGUUAAUAACCUAAGUUGUAGACCAAGCUAUAUUAAAAUAUAAAUAAAAUUUGUAAUGUCA